AUGAAUAACACUACAGAGACUACAUCGAUCGUCGGGGCAUGUAGCACUGGGAUAAACGUUUCGGCGUUAAAAAUUGGGCAAACCAUUGGUUAUAAUCUGAUCCUUGUUGUUUCACUGGCUGGGAAUUCUGCCAUUGGAGUGAUUGUUUAUAAAACGCUAAGCCUGCGGAAACCCGUAAAUUACUUGAUCAUGAACAUGGCCAUGUCCGACCUGAUACUCCCGUUUAUCACGGUUCCUUGGUUCCUAGUACGUCUUAAUGCAUCUACUGCUGGUCAUUGGCAUAUUGGCGGCCCUCUUGGCCAAGCUUUGUGCAAGCUUGUAGUUUACUUACCGAUGGUUUCCUACAGUGUGUCGAGUCAGAGCUUAGUUCUGAUAGCAGUAGAUCGCUUUGUAGCCGUGGUGUUCCCACUUCGUUCCCCAGUCAUUGGUCGCAAAUUGUUUCCCUUCGUCAUUACCGCCACAUGGAUCAUUGCUUUGGCUUUUCAUUCGCCGUGGUUCAACAGCACGAAAGUAGAUGAAUUCAACGGAGGCAGUAUCUGUUUCACGUUCUCUGGCGGAAUUACGUCCUGGCACAUUGCCGCAUCCAUCAUAAAUUACAUCAUUAUCGUCAUCAUUAUUGUCCUGCUGGUGAUUUUGUACUCCAUCAUCGUCAUCAAGCUCAAACUACAGGCACGUCCAGGUGAACAGUCGAGUAAUGCUGAGAAAAAGCGCGCAAGAAGAAACAGGAAAGUAUUAAGAAUGGCAUGUGCUAUCGUGUUAGCAUUUUCACUCUGUUAUGUACCCAUGCUCACUAUUGGUUUUAUGUCCCUCUUUCCCAAGAUCAUGUCUAUUUGCGGUUUUUAUAUAUUUGUUUCUUUUGCCACAUUCAUGUAUCACGUAAACUGUGCUGUCAACCCGAUUAUUUGCCUUAUUUUUAGCAGUAAUUCUCGCCAAGGUCUCAAGAGACUUUUGAAAUGCUAA